UGCAGAAGGUUGUGUUAUUUGCGAUAUUGUUCUUUGAUUAACGGUCUGAUCGUUAUCACGUACGGAAGCUGUAGUACCGUCCCAUCCCGCCAAAUUUUAAUUGCUCAAGGACAGUUUAAAUAUACUUCGUUCAUAAAUCGCACACAACCGAAAACAUCGAGUGGGAAAUCACUAGGGAUCGUAGCGUACGGACUAUUUCGUGGUAUUUCUCCUACUAUUUCGGUUAUUUCUCCUGCCAUUUCGGCUAUUUCCCGCCUAUUUCGGAUUAUUUCAGUCUAUUACGCGCUAUUUCGGAGUUUUUCAGGGGUAUUUCGCUACUAUUUCACCGACUAUUUCGCGUCUAUUUCGUCUUUAUUUCGCUCUAUUUCGCUUCUAUUUCGCCUUUAUUUCGGACUAUUUCGCGGAAAGGUGUACGAACUAUUCGCAAGUGAUUUCCCCCUCGGAAAACAUACGUGAUUUUCAAAAAACUUGCCGAUUCCGGAAAAAAACGCAUUUAAGGUGUAGCAACAACCUUACUCCCACUAACGGGAAGACAAAAGUGACGAGUCGGACAUUUAAAUGCGUACUCUCACAUUUGAGAUGGCAGCGAGGGGUGCCUAACUAGAUUAGAGAGUGUACACUACCCAGCGAAACAACUGGGAAUUUCAGCUGGUUAAGAUAUGCGUAACUUUUCAUGGACAGUGAUAGUGCAUUCUGCUUUAGUCUGCAUGAACACGCAGCAAUGAGGCAUACUGGUAAAGCUGCAAGAAGAACAAUGCGGUUCGUUCCCAGCAUUCUUCUGCACUUGUGCUUUACCGGAAUGCAUUUUUCGUCAAAAAAGACCCUCCAGCACCCAAACGGUGAGAGAUAGAGACAAACGGACAAAAUUUUAGUGCACUGGGUUCUUCUCUCACGAGGUACUCCUUGCGAGACCAUAAAAUAUAUUUUUUUUGACUUUUCUGACCUACCCCCUUUUCUUUGAUACCCCAUUUCAGCCACUUAGGGUUGGUUGCCAGAAUUUGCCGUGGGCGUUUCGUUUUCUAGGAGUGAACCUUAAGGUACCCUGAAAAUUUGAAGUCUCUAGCACAUCUCCUUCUAGCGGAACAGACAAACACAGACGGACACGAGGUCGUUUGCAUAAGCCCGCUAGAUAGCUUUUCUAAAGCAGAAGGGCGGGCUAAAACUAGCUCCGAGAGUCAGAGCAAAAAAGUUAGGGAAAGGCUAGGGAAAAGUCAAGGAAUUUUAAAUCCACGAUCACACUAAAUGGAAAAGGACAAUUUUGUAUCUAGGAGAGAUGCAUUCUUAAGCACAUCUCUAGCGUAUGCAAAUUUGCACGUAAAUUAGACACAAAUAAAGUCAUUUGUACCUAGUCUAGGUACAAGUUGUAACAUUUUAGAUACAAAUUUACAUCCGAUAGAGAUGUGCUUAAGAACGCAUCUCUCCUAGAUACAAAAUUGUCAUUUCAACAUUUAGAGUGAUUGCGUGGCCGCCCUGUAUUGAAUAUAAAUGUAAACAACCAUAACCUCAAUGAAAAGCAGAUAGCCGUUUGUCCGCCACGCUCAGUAGGGCGUUUCGUUUUCAGGAGUAGAGCCACGCAUCUUAAAUGAAAAUACACGUCGAGGAUUUUCCAAUGACGUCGCGUGAAGUGCGCUGCAAUGUCGGGAACCAUGCGCAUGAACGGAUUUUUGCCGCCAAUCCACCGUCGACAAGAUUUUUCCCCUGCCGCGCCGCGGACUACUACGAAGCCGACUACUCGCUGUCCAUAAACACCCUAGGCUAGGGCCCAUUCCUAUCUUACGCCGAUAAGUUUUACCAGUGCGAAAAAGCGGCGGGCGCAUGGUCAUGGAAUUUGAGAGUUACACACUACAAUCCACAGAAACCGAAACAAUUGCAACUCCUUAGUGGAAAUAUGUCUGGUUCAAUAUCAAUAGACGAUAGCGCCUGGGUGAGAGUAAACCUGGAUGUUCGGAAUAAUAACCAAUGGAAAGAAAAUGCGUUUAUUUUUGACUUCAAAGAUAAGGCAUGCUCAAUGAUUUCAUCACAUAUACCCGGAUUUUAUCACGUAGUGUUCGACAAGGAUGGCAAGGCGCCUAAAUCCCCGUGCAUUAUUCCUGCUGGUGUUUACGUAGUCAACCAAGAACCGAUCGAUUGGACGUUCCCAAAUUUCCCAGUCUUGCCGUACGGACAUUACCAAUUCAAAAUAAGAAUUGGAUACCUCUCGAGUGAGUCAAAUAUCCCGGACGUUGCAAUGAGGAGCAGAAAUAUGACUGUCGAGGACGCUAGGAGCUGUAUAAGUAGUUGUCAGCAUCAAGAGCCAUUCUUUGACCAGUGCACUUCCCCCUCGACUAGCAGCUGGGAUGGUAUUUUUGAGGCAUCAGAUUUAUUACGGGACAACACAACUGUAUCCAAACGCCCUACGAUCGUAAAGAGGGCCUUGUUUUGUAACCAAGAAAAAGGUGACAACAGUGGCAUGCUGUUCGCAAGUUCUUCUGCAAAUACUUCAUUAGAGACUCUAUUGAGAUUUUUUUACCCAAGUCAUUUGAAAGUACUUCAGGCGAAGGUAGCGCUGAACUCAGGCAAAUACCAUUUGAGUUCUCGAGGAAAGGAGAGAUUGGCCCGCCACAUACGCCAACCGUGUCAUGCCAGUUGCAAAAGAUGUGAGAAGCCAAAACUCACAGACGAUGAAAGGCGUUCAAUUUUCAACAAGUUUUGGUCUUUGAAUGGUCAUGAGCAGCAGUGGAAGUUUAUUUCUGAUUCAGUCAUGCUUUCACUACCAAAAAGAAAGUCUGCUUCAAUUGGGGCUAAAGGGGCAAAAACUAAUACUCGAUCUUACUACUUCAAUACCAGUAGUAAACCCAAAAGAUUGUACAAAACAAUGUUUAAAAAUACUCUUUGUAUCUGUGAUUCUUGGAUUGAUAAUGCUCUGUCUCAUUUUAGUAAUGGAACACACAUCCCAGACAUGCGAGGGAAAGCUUAUAAAAAAAUCAAAAUUAAAGAAGAGCAGUCCUAAAAACUUUGUGUAGCAUGAAUAUUAUUUUUCUUGAUUGGUGUAUGUUAUUUUAUUAAUCAAAGACCAAGGGCUCAAUUGCGCUGUAGGGAUUGUUGAAUAAAUAACACAAAAAAGAGCUUGAUGUAAUGAACUUUGAGUACCUAAUGGAAAGUUUUUAUCUUUGGCAGCUGUUAUUGUCAACAAUUUUCUUUCCUGCAUCUGAUGGUGAAGAACUUUCACUUGGCUGUAACCAGGUCUUCCAAAGGCAUUAUGCUAGAUAUGAAUGGAAUUAUGCAAAGCAUAAGAUCUUAAUGUUUUUAGCAUAUGUAGUAAUUUUCGUAGUCUAAUGUUGAUGACGGUCUCAGUUUGGUAUAUUGAUUUGCAAUAUGUUCUCUCCAGUUCAGUUACAUAGGAAAGAAAUGACCUUGCAAUUUUGUAGUGCUUUCUUUCAGUCUUUUCUACAUCUCUCUUAACAGCUGUUAAAUAUCCCCCUUUUUUUUAUCUUUGUUUCUUGUAUUUGAUUCCAGCUUGUAUUUUCAAGAUAAAUAAAAUUUACUAUGAACUAUAA